AUGUUCAGUGAUCUUGCUUCAAACCUACACAAGGGUCUCUUCACACGUUCGCCAGUGGACUGGAAUAAGUUCAUUUAUAAUAUGCAGAAGCUCUGGAUGUUGAUGCUCUUGAGUUCAUGGCUUGGCAUGCACUAUGUUGAAUCUUCCCUGGAGGCGCAAAGUAUCCCUGUCACCAUUGCUAAGCUCAAGACUCAUCAGGUUGCCCUGUUCAUGGCCAGCGCCAUCAAAGAAAUGGCAGUGGUGAACAAAAUGGCUAUGGCGCACUUUUUUAAACAUGCCUCAUCUCUCACCAAUCAAUGACAGACCUGGUGCCUGGAGUUCCUGCUGCAUGGAAGCCCGAAGAUGCAAGCCAUGCUACCCAUCCUUUGUGACCAGGUGAUUAUACAUGGGGAGAAAGCAAUUGUGUGGACACAGUUUCCAGCUGAACAGGUGUAUGUUGCUGCCACCCUUGUGGAGGCCAACUUUGAUGCAAGGGUUUUUCAUGCAGGACUCAGUGUUCAUGAGCAUUCUGUACUCAUCAAGCAGUUCACACAAGAUCCAGCCUCAUGCUCUGUGUUGGUCUGCAGCUAUGGUGUUAAUGUGAUGGGCCUGAACCUGCAGAACCUCUGUUGCAAUGUCCACCUCUUCUCUCCUGGUAUGUCAAAGGCUGUUGUCAAUCAGGCAGUCAGACGCGUGUGCCACUUGGGCCAGACAAGGAUUGUUCUUGUUUAUGAGUACUUACUGGAGAACAACUUCAACGUGAUGUUGGUGAAGCAUAACAAACUGAAGGCUGUGCUGGGUUUAGUCACAGAGAUGAGCCCUGAUGAAUUCUCAAUGGAUUUGGACAUC